AUGCCUGAGGUGUGCACGAUGCUCGGGUUAACGAGGCAGCGCAGUAUUUCAGAAAGCGAAGAGUUAUCCGUCAGCUCUAGUUUUGACUCAGAGUCGGAGCUUCUUGAAUCACAACACGAGCUUUUGGAUAGUGAAUUUCAUGGCUACGACGAAAGUCUCGAUCCCGUCCCAAACGAGGAAGAGGCUGCUGAAUACGAGCAGCAACUCCACGAGGAGAAUGAGCAAGAAGAGGAGCUUCUCCGAAGAUUUUCAAGGGAGCAAGAUAUUUCCACAUGGUUCAAGUGCUCGAACUGUUUGCUCAAGUUAUUAGUCACAAAGGAAGAAUGCCGAUGCUGCACAGAGUUUGCAACAUGCAGCGAAAAAUUACAAGAAGUUGGUUUGGAGGGAUGCAUUGUUGACCAUCCAGGGUUCAGUGUGAAUUGCCUCAACGAGUGGGUACUACGGACAGCAGCUGUUGGACUAAAAACAAGGAAGAAAAAAUCCUAUACUUCUGUCAAAUCUGCAAAAAAUGCAUCCGAAUCUGAAUUUCUGAGGUAUGUGGCCUACAGACAAUACGUGCGCCUGGUAUAUGAGUGUGUCGGGUGGUCAAAGAGGGCAUCUCUCCCAAGUUGUGUCUACAACAAAAUACGGGAAGCAUUCCCUAGCGAAACAUUUCAUGGAUUUGAAGAGGAUAAGGAGGAUGCAAACUCUGAAGACAUGGAGUUUGAAUAG